UUGGCUGCUGCUGCUCACACCAUCAGCAGCCUGCUGAGAUCUGCUGGAGACAUGAGUUGUUUCAGUGACGCAUCCAGCGAGGACCUGAGUGAAGAGCUGGAGAGUUUGGGGUGGUACCACUAUGACCUGUCCCGCCAUGCUGCAGAGGCCCUUCUCCUGUCCAAUGGCACCGAUGGCAGUUACCUCCUGAGAAACAGUAAUGAGGGGCCAGGCUGCUUCGCCCUGUCUGUCAGGGCGAAGGACUCAGUGAAGCAUUUCCAGGUGACACGCAACAACAACAGCUACGUGUUCGGCUUUAACGAGUUUCCGAGCCUUCAAGACUUUGUCUACCACUUUGCUAACCAGCCUCUGCUGGGCAGUGACACAGGAACCCUCAUCGUCCUGAAGUGUCCGUACCCGUGGCGCGUGGAGGAGCCAUCUAUCUACGAGUCUGUGCGAGUCCACACCGCCAUACAGACGGGCCGCACAGAAAACGACCUGGUAGCAAACGCGCCAUCGCUGGGGACGAAGGAAGGCUUCCUGGUGAAGCAAGGCGCUAUUGUGAAGAACUGGAAGCAGAGGUGGUUCACGCUCAACAGAUACGAACUUAAAUACUUCAAAGACAAAAUGUGUGAGGAGCCCAUUCGAACCCUAGAUCUGAGAUCCUGCUCUGCAGUCCAAUUUGACUACUCUCAGGAUAGAGUCAACUGUUUUUGUCUUGUGUUUCCAGAUCGAACCUUUUACCUUUGUGCUAAGACAGGCGUGGAGGCUGAUGAGUGGAUCAAGAUCCUGAGGUGGAAACUAUCACAGAUAAGAAAAGGACGAUGAUGGCUGUCACUGGAGACGCAGAGCUGAGAUCAACAGGAUGAACCAAGAUAACAACACCGAACAAACAAGAGAAAAAAUCAUUCAUUUUCAUUUUAAUAACUAGACAGCCUGGAUAGUAAGAUGCACCCUCACAGAGACAGAUACCUGCUCAUUAGAGCUAAGUCACAGAAUAAACUCCACACAGCAACCCGUACUACACUUUAUUAGGUACACCUUCAGGUUUCUUAUGCCUUCAGAGCUCCCUUAAUACUUCAUGUCACAGGUUCAACAAGGGGCUGGACACACACACACAAACAUACACAGUGUGUGUGGAGCCUAUCCCAGCUGUCAUAGGGUGAAGGCAGGGUACACCUGUACAGGUCACCAGCCUGUCACAGGGCCAACACAGAGAGACAAACAACCUUUCACACCUAUGGACAAUUUAGAGUUUCCAGUUAACCUAACCCCACUAACUGCAUGUCUUUGGACUGUGGGAGGAAACCCACACAGACACAGGGAGAACAUCUAAACUCCACACAUAGAGACCCGGGCCAUGGUGGAAUCGAACCCAGACCUCCUCACUGUGAGGCAACAUUGCUGACCACCACACGGCCCCCCCAAAACAUAAACUGAUUAAUGUAAUUUAUUAAAACUGUAAUAGACACAGCUCAACUCCUGCCUUGGUCACAGGUUAUUUUGGUGCAUAUUGCCACUAUUUUCCAUCCUCCGUGUGAGUGUACUACUGAGUGUGGCAACAGAAGGCCUCGAUGCUGUUAACAGACUUUAUGCUACACUAGCUGCCAGUACCAAGCAUGUGCAGCUUCUGGUGCUUGUGUGCCACAAUAGUAUUAUUUUUGGAUUAUUGCUGAUUUCUUUUACUGUAUGUUUCAUACUGUGGAUCAGAAGGACACAGGUAAUACAGAUGCCCUCUCAAUAUGUUCAACAAUGCUCCUGGAAAUAAUAUGAUAUAUUAAAACCACUUGAA